AUGUCGUCGAUUCACAAAGUUCUUGCGGGCAAAAAAAGUGGGAAAUCAAGCUCAAAAGAGGAAAACAUUUCUCACAUGAAUAAGCAGCGUACGCUACUCAUUUCAUCAAGAGGUGUUACUUACAGACACAGACACCUAAUCCAGGAUCUUCACAGUUUGCUUCCACAAUCUCGUAAGGAGCCUAAACUGGACACGAAGAAAGAUCUGGGCCAACUCAAUGAAAUCGCAGAAUUGUACAACUGCAAUAACGUGGUUUUUUUCGAGGCCCGUAAGCACCAGGACCUCUACAUGUGGUUGUCCAAGCCUCCCAACGGACCCACCAUCAAGUUCUACCUCCAAAACCUGCAUACGAUGGACGAACUGAAUUUCACCGGUAACUGUCUAAAGGGCUCGAGACCCGUGCUGUCGUUCGACGCCCGUUUCGACACCAGUCCACACUAUAAGCUUAUCAAGGAGAUGUUCAUUCACAACUUUGGUGUUCCACCCAACGCACGUAAGUCUAAGCCGUUCAUAGACCACGUCAUGUCGUUCAGCAUCGUGGACGACAAGAUCUGGGUCAGAACUUACGAGAUUGCGCACAAGGCCAGAAACCAGGACGAAUACGAAGAAGGUGACUCGCGGGAUGCCAAAGAAGACGUUUCUUUGGUCGAAAUAGGGCCCCGUUUCGUGAUGACUGUGAUUUUGAUACUCGAGGGCUCGUUUGGAGGCCCCAAGAUCUACGAAAACAGACAAUACGUGUCGCCCAACGUGGUGAGGGCCCAGGCAAAGCAACAGGCCGCCCAAGACGCCCGUAGUAGGUCCGAUGCGGCCGAGCAGCGCAAAAUCCGCAGACGUGAAAACGUGCUAGCUGCAGACCCAUUGUCCAACGAUGUGGUGUUCAAGAACUGA